AUGCAGUGGUAUUUUGGUAUAUUGGCUAGGCGGCCGUAUCUGAUGGUGUUGUUUAUCAGCGUAUUCUGUACAGCGUGCAUUAUUGUAUCAUUGACAACGAAUAAUUUGCCCGAUUUUACGGAUCCAACAUUGGGCUUUGAAACUCGUGGAACCGAAAUCGGCAAACGUUUGAUAGCUUGGCACAAUCUAAUCCAGGAAACUGGUCCGUCAAAUUUAUUGGUAGAAAAUCCCAGCGAUCUACAACCUCCCUCGGAAAGAUUCGAUUAUCAGUCAAUUUCUCGGCAAAAGAAUCGCCGCAAUCGUAAACGGAAAAAUCGAAAACCCAAAAAGAAUAAACAGCGAAAUAGGAACAAAACUGAUCUGGCAAAUGAAAUUAUAACAUUUAAGAAACGCUUAAGGCACAAAAAUCACAACCGGAAUCAAAUACAAAAUGUCCAUGGAGCUGCAGGCAAUUUAAAUUCAUCGGCUACAGCAAACACAUGGCAUGGUGACCAUGGCAUAUUUAGAGAUUAUGAAAUAACAAAUGAUUCAACAGCAUUAACACCUGCCAAUGUUACAAAAACCGAAGAAGAGGGCAUAUAUGGUCUGAACAAGACAUUUGUCGAUGACGAUGACGAGAUCAAAAAUAAAAAGAGUCGUUGGUCGCUUUUGCAAAAAGCUGAACUGCCACCCGCCUCAGAAAGUGACGAAAAUAUUCGUUUACCCAUUGAGGGAUAUUUUUGUGAUUCACCCGCAAAGGAAUAUUCCCAUUUUGUUGUUGAGCGCAUUGGUCCGAAUGCCACGGAUUCUCUGUUUGAUCUCAAUGGCAUAUUGGCCAUGUGUGAGCUACAGGAACAGAUUACCAAAGUUAAUAAUUAUGGAGAGUAUUGCGAACGUGAAAUGAUUAGCAAUAAUUGUUGUCGUCCCUGGUCUUUGCCAAACUAUGCUGCACUAUUGGCCAAUAAAAGUUCGUGUUUCGAUUUAACGCACGAUGAUAUUUUAUUGUUGCAUAAUCUUCUAUUGACAUGUUUCGAAUAUUUCCAUGAUUUGAAAUUAAGCAAUGAUUGCAGUGAAAGGCGUUGUUAUGCACCAACAGAGUGUACACGAAAAAAUAUUGUAUUUAAUAUAUUACACUAUUUGACUGAUUAUAAUAUUAUAAAGAUAAAUGAAACCAAUAUAUUCCUAAAAUACUCCAUGAUUUUUGUGCCAGUAUCACAUACAAGAAAUAUUUUGCCAUUAUUUCAUGAAUGGGAAAAAGUUGACCUGAGCAAUGAAAUCGUUCGUGUUGCUGCAAUGGAUUUAGGCUUGGAAAAUGAACUAUUCAAUGAAUUGCUGUUAACCGAUGUUUGGCUAGUGGCAUUGGGUGGCAUAUUUGUUAUGACAUGCAUGUGGCUAUAUACCACAUCACUAUUUGUUACUAUAAUGACUUGUAUUGCUGUGAUAUUUUCAUUAGGUUUAGCAUAUUUUGUUUAUACUCUAGUAUUUGAAAUGUCCUUUUUCCCAUACAUGAACCUAUUGGCUGUUGUAGUAAUCAUAGGUAUUGGCGCUGAUGAUGCUUUUAUUUUUGUCAAAAUAUGGCAAUGUGUGCUGACGGAGCGAUUUACAAAAACUUCAACAGUUACCACCAAAUCUCUGGCCAAUCCGGAAUCUGAACAAACCGAAACAUUGCAAAAUUUAAUGGCAUUGACACUGAAGCAUGCGGCAAUUUCAAUGUUUGUUACAUCCAUAACAACAACGGUAGCAUUUUAUGCUUCAUAUACGAGUUAUAUUACAGCUAUUAAAUGUUUUGGUAUUUUUGCCGGCACCGCAGUUAUAACAAACUAUUUCCUAAUGGUUACCUGGCUACCAGCAUCCAUUUCAAUUAUGGAACGUUUUACACCCAUUACAACCUGUAGUAAAUUACAAAUACAAAAAUUCUUAAUUAUGAUAAAUAAGUCAAUUAAUAGUUUCUGUACGAAACUUGAAUUAUUUAUAACGACGACAAUUUUGAAUUAUGCACCCAUACUCUUUACCAUGUUUGGAAUUAUUGGCAUUUGCUGUGGUCUGAUAGUUUUAUAUAAACCAGGUUUACAAUUACCCGAAAAUGCGCACUUCCAAUUAUUUGUAUCAAAUCAUCCAUUUGAAAUUUACAAUUCAAAAUUGAAAAAUGAAUUUUGGUUUGAGAAGACAAUGGCGAAUGCUGAAAAUUACAAAAUGCCAUUACGUUUUGUUUGGGGUAUACAGCCGAUUGAUGACGGCGACUAUGACAACCCAUUUGCCUAUGGAAAUUUACACUAUGACAAUAAUUUUAAUGUGUCUACAAAAGCUGCACAAAUUUGGCUGUUACAAUUUUGCCAAAAUCUACGACAACAACCAUUUUAUCAGCUAACAUUUGGAAUGCUGCUCCCGAAUUGUUUUAUAGAAAACUUUAUAACACUUAUGGAAAGGAUGUGUGUCAACAGCAUGGACGAUACUGAUCGCACCCCCUGCUGUGAUGUCUCCAAAUUCCCCUAUGAACCGGAAGUUUUCGAUAUAUGCUUACCCCAGAUCAUAUCAUCAUUGUAUGCAACACCUAGAGAAUAUUUUUGGCCCGGUGUGGCUGGUCCGAAAUUUAUGGCCUCAACCAAGACCCUGGACAUUAAUAACACGCUGAGUGAAGAACUGGCCAAUACAACACUGGAUACAACAUUGGCCAAUGCAACAACACCCCCACCUAUUGUCAAGGCAUUGGUUGUGGAAUUCGAAUCGAAUGUUUCAUUCUCCACGCUCUAUGACAAAGUUAAACAAUUUGUUGAAGAUGUAGAGAUUUGGUUUCAAAAUGAAUUAAAAACGGCGCCACCAGAAAUGCAAGACGGUUGGUUUGUUAGUGAUUUAAAGUUUUACGAUGUACAAAAUAGCCUGCCCACAUGCACUUUGGUGGCCAUAAGUGUGGCAAUGUCCGCCUCUUUGGUUGUACUACUGCUAGUAACCCUUAACAUUUUGAUAUCUUUGUAUGCUGUAAUAACAGUUUUGCUAACCAUUUUUGUGACGGUGGCCAUACUUAUUAUGCUGGGUUGGAAACUGAAUAUAUUGGAGAGUGUGACAGUGAGUACAGCGAUCGGGUUGGCUGUGGAUUUCAGUCUACAUUAUGGCAUACAUUAUCGCCUGUCGCCAUCAUGUGAAAGACUGGCGGCUACACAAUUUUCUUUGUCACGCAUUAUAGGUCCCACCGCCAUGGCUGCCAUAACCACUGGUAUUGCUGGAGCCCUUAUGUUAUUCUCCAGCGUCCUGCCCUAUCGCCAAAUUGGCAUAUUUCUAUUGGUGGUGAUGUCAGUCAGUUGGAGCUAUUCCACAUUUUUCCUUAUGAGUCUACUCAAACUAUUUGGUCCACAAUAUGGCUUCAUGCAAUUCCAGUAUCCCCGAGUAAAUAAGCGUUCCGCCACAAACGGGGGUAUUAAAUUCUAUGAACGUAAACAUAAUUAUAUAACGGCUAGAGAACAAUUGCUCACACCAUCCAGUUCGGCAGUGGGGGAACUUAUUAAUUCCGAAUCCCAUGAACUCGAAUCACUAACCUCAAAUUCAAUGAUUAAAACCAUCUCUGGUACAGAAUGUUCGGCACAAAGUUUUUCUUUGGACUGUGAACAUUUGUUGAAUAACAAGAAAUCGAAUACGAAUUUGGCCUCACCUGUGACCACCGCUCAUCAGUUAUCGUACCAACAACAUAAAUGUCCGCCGCCGCCGCCAACAGCAUUUAGAAAUGGAAAUGCCUCACUGGUGAACACAGCAGCAACAAAAACACCAGUAAUGAAUGCCAAUGGUGGCACCACUGGCAUAAAUAUUUCCAUAACUCCCAUUGAUGUGGCGGAUGACAAAUUGGAUACACGAAAAUACAUAGAAGAGACAUCCAGUUAA